CUUCAAGAAGUCACAGCCAUGACAUGAUAGUCUAAUACUAAUCACCUCAUCGCCUUACCUCUUACACCCUCAACAACAGCCGACAUGUCAUCACCAUCCUCUUCCUCCCCUUCCUCUCCACCAUCCAUCCCCCCUCCCCCAUCAUCAUCAUCCUCAUCAACCACACCCGUCCCCGACCGCCGUCCCCUCCCCAUGGAAUACCCAUUCGCACCAUCCCCAGAUAUAUUACGCACGCACCAAAAAGACGCAUACAUGACCGGCCAGAUAUCCAGCCAAGCCAGCACCAUCCUCCGCGCUCUUCUCGGCGCCAGAUUCGCACACAAAUACUCCAACGCCACAAACAACCUCUCCGAACUCCUCUACCUAUCUCUCACAACCCUCCUCGGCAACCGAACCCUAGGCGAAGAAUACUGCGACGUAGUGCAAAUUGAAGACGACACAUUACGCCUCGCCGGCCUAGGAAGAAGAGUGGGAUACAUCUCAAGUAUUGUAUUCGCACCAUGGAUUCUAAGCAAAUCUCUACCAGCGCUACGGAGACGGUUACGUGAGAAACUGGAACGUAAUCUCCAACAAGCUAAGGGAAGUAGUGCAUGGAGACGAGCGUCGAGUCGCUCGUUACGCAUUCAGGAAUAUAUACUCAAGCAUCUUGAUACGUUGACGAGUCCGAAUCCCGUGUAUGCGGUGUCGUUGGCGAUUUUCUACUUCACGGGAGCGUACUAUCAUCUGUCAAAACGACUGUUUGGGUUACGCUAUGUUUUUACGAAAUCGAUCGACGCUGGCGAGCAGCGUGUUGGAUAUGAGGUGUUGGGUGUCUUGCUCAUCUUGCAGAUGGCUGUUCAGGCGGUCCUACAUGUCCGUGAAACGUAUCUACAGGCAUCGGAGGGAGACAGUUUAUCGCAUGCGGGUGGCGCACCAACCACAGUUGUCAUUGGUGCCGGUGUCGAAGUCCCUGUUGGAUCCUCGUUUGACACUUCCGCGUCACAGUUACUCGCCGACGUCGAGGUUCCAUCGCAAUUGCCAAAGGGCCUAGCGGCCAAUACCGCUACUCCGGUUCUUGAGACCCCGCGCUACGACACGUCCAAUGACGAGACCAUGGCCUGGAUCGCCGACGGCCAACAGCGGAAAUGUACCCUGUGUUUGGAGUCGUUCCGAGACCCCAGUGUCACUACUUGUGGUCAUGUCUUCUGUUGGACUUGUGUUCAGGAUUGGGUCAAGGAGAAGGCAGAAUGUCCUUUAUGUAGACAGAGUGUGCUACCACAGAAGAUUCUACCUCUAAGAUAGCUUUCGCA